AUGGCAGAGCCUGCCCUUCUCCCUGCCGCCCAGAUGAAGAGGCUGGCCCCGGUGUCACUGGCCUCACCAUGUCCCCGGAUCCCACGGGCCCGCAUCGCCAGGCAGCCGGGGCGCUGUGCCUGGCGCUGGACUGACCUGGGCUGCAGUUCUGCCCCCUCCUCAGGUCCAAUGAAUCAGCUUCCCCAGAAGAACCUCCUGCGAGCACGCCCCGCCCAAUGCUCCCACUCCCGGCUGUCCUCGGCGGAGAGCUUGUCCAUGGAUGGCUUUUGGAUGGAGGUGGAGCAGAUCCAACAGAGGAAUGAGCCGAAAGAAGAGGAUGGCAGCGGGGGUGAAGGUCGACCCCCAGAGGAAGGAGAAAUGGAAUCCCAGUGGCUACAAGACACAGGCUUGUCAGGCCUCCUUGGUGGCCCAGGCCUGGACGGUCAUCACCGGGGGCUCCUGUCCACCCUCACACAGACCCAGGUGGCCGCUGUAUGCCGCCGGCUGGACAUCUACACCCGCUCGGCCCGAAGACGACACAAGGCACCUGUCAGAGAUGUCAGGGAUAUCUUUGGGGGCUUCAAUUCACAGGAAAUGUCUUCAGAGAAUGGAGACUCGAGUAUGAAAUGGACCCAGAUCAGUUCCGGGACCCCUACGUCUUCUCCAGCAGCAGCAGAGCCUGAGGGGCCGCAGCCACAGGCUAGGAGGGAGGAAGCCUUCCACAUGGACUCUGCGUACUCGGAACAAGCCGCACUGCUGCAGAGAAGCAGGCCACCCCUGGGAGACACCUGUGCCUGGAGCAAGGGUUCCCUGCCGGAGUUCAGGAUCCCCAAAGGCAGACUUGGUUUGACGAGGAUAGGAGACCUGGCCUUGCAGGACAUGAAGAAGAUCCCUGCUUUGGCCCUCAUCGAGCUGACUGCACUCUGUGACGUCCUCGGCUUGGACCUGAAGAGGAGCAAAGCCGGGAAGCGGAAGGCGGCAGAAACUCGCCUUUUCGGUGUGCCCCUCGAAGCCCUGCUGGAAGCUGACCGCAAAGCCCACCCCAGCACCCAGGUCCCUCUGGUCCUUCAAGCUCUGCUGUCCUGUUUGGAAAAGAGAGGGCUGGACACUGAAGGCAUUCUCAGGGUGCCUGGAUCCCAGGCCAGGGUCAAGGGGCUGGAACAAAAGCUGGAGAGAGAUUUCUACACCGGCCUUUUUAGCUGGGACGAGGUUCACCACAAUGAUGCGUCCGAUUUGCUCAAAAGGUUCAUCCGGGAGCUACCGGCGCCUCUGCUCACUGCGGAGUACCUUCCGGCCUUCGCUGUGGUGCCCAACAUCCCUGACCUGAAGCAGCGCCUGCAGGCCCUGCACCUGCUCAUCCUAGUCCUCCCGGAACCCAACAGAAACGCCCUGAAGGCGCUCCUGGAAUUCCUCAGGAAGGUGGUGGCCCGAGAGCGGAACAACAAGAUGACUCUGUGGAACGUUUCCACAGUGAUGGCCCCUAAUCUCUUCCUGCACCGAGGGCAGCCCCCCAAACUCUCCAGGGGCAAGGAGAAGCAGCUGGCAGAGGGGGCAGCCGAGGUGGUGCAGAUGAUGGUGCACUACCAGGAUCUGCUCUGGACGGUCGCCUCUUUCUUGGUCGCCCAGGUUCGAAAACUGAACGACAGCAGUGGCCGGCGCCCCCAGCUCUGCGACGGCGGCCUCAAGACCUGGCUGAGAAGGAUGCACGCAGACAGGGACAAAGCUGGAAGUGGCCCCGAGGCGACUCCCAAAGUGGCAAAGAUCCAGGUGGCCUGGCUUAUCAAAGAUUCCCUGGAGGUGCCCCUGACCCCCAGCACCAAAGUAGCCCAUGUCCUCAGGCAGUUCACAGAGCGCCUCAGCCCUGGUUCACAGGGUCAAGAGGGCAGUAAGGACAAGGACAGCCUCCUCCCACGCAGCAGGCCCGUGAAGUCAGACAACCUCGUCCUCUACGAAGUUGGAGGGAAUAUCAGUGAGCAUCGCCUGGAUCCAGAUGUCUACCUCUUAGAUCUGUACCGCGCCAACCCCCAUGGCGAGUGGGUCAUUAAACAGAGCCCCACCUAAACCCUGGACUCCAAGGAUCAGCCCUGGAUGCCACACCUUUGCCCUCGCAGGCUCCACGCCGGUGUAGCCAGCGUGGGAGCACAGCGUGGGAAGGCCUACGACUUCCUCGAAGAGGUCUCCUCUGAAACGCCUCUCAGGUCCCGAGCAGGACUCGCAAGUGAGGCCAUCUCCUCCCUGCAGAGCCCUCAUCUCGUGUGCUCCCUGGCCAUCAGGACGGCCCUUCACCACGCUUGCUGAAUGACAACACCCGUUGGGGGACUUGAAGCUCCACGAAUUUUUGUCCGUGAUUUUCAGCCCUGAUUUGCAGCACCUCUAUCAAGAGGCAAGUAUUUUUUUUUCCCCAGGAGAAAUUGCUUUGAACGUGGCCCUCCAAUGUGUAGUGGGACAGCCCUGGAGAUGAAGUCAGAAGAGCUCCGUGGCCUUGGCCGAGCCCUUUGAUGGAUGAAAGGGUUGGACCUCAGGACUGGGAAGAAAGGCCAUGGACAUGAAAAGCCUGGGGAGAACUGGAAAGAUGAAAAAAGCUCCCUUCACAGCUCUCCUGUUUUCAACGUUGCUUCGUACAAUCUCGCCAUUUUUUAAUAUGAUAUUUAAAUUCUAUGUGAACAUUAA